AUGGCAGGGGCGGAGCGCAGGUUCGAGGGAAGGCACCUUCUCCAAAUAGCUCCGAUGAUGGAGGUAACCUACAAGGACUUCCGCUACUUUAUGCGCCUGCUGUCACGACGCGCCCAGCUCUGGACAGAGAUGGUCGUGGACGACACAAUUCUGCACAACACCGAGACCGAGAAGUGCGAUCGCUUUUUGAGGUACAACGAGGCUGAGCACCCCAUCGUCUGCCAGCUAGGAGGCAGCGACCCAAGCAAACUUGCUCAGGCAGCAGAGAUCGUGCAGAGGUAUGGCUACGAUGAGGUCAACCUCAACUGUGGAUGCCCCUCCAGCCGCGUAGCUGGCAAAGGCGAGUUCGGCUGCUCCCUGAUGAAGAAGAAGGAUGUCGUUCGAGAAGCCAUCCGGGCGAUGAGUCGCGCGGUGCAGAUUCCGGUAACCGUCAAGUGCCGUUUGGGUGCAGAUGAGUUUGACUCGCCCGAGUUCACUCGCGACUUCGUGAGAACCGCCUGGCUCAAUGGGCUGUCACCUGCGCAGAACCGAACGAUUCCGCCGCUGCACUAUCCAAGAAUCCUCGACCUUUGCCAUCAGUUUCCAGAUCUCAAGUUCAGCAUCAACGGCGGGAUCACUGAUGUGGGCCAUGCGAGAGCACUUCUGGGUUUCCCGCAUCAGCGUUUGGAUGGCGAAACCGAAGAGCUUUACUCCACAGCUUGGGGCUGGCCGGGUUCGGACGUCUUCUGUGGGUCUGCGGAGCCGUGCCCAGCUCUGCCGCCGAACCUUGAGGGUGUCAUGAUCGGCCGGGGCGCUAUGAACUCUCCCUGCAUGCUGUGGGAUGUGGAUCACAGCCUGUAUGGUGAAGAGAAGCGGAAGCCGAUGACACGCCGUGAACUUCUCGAGGGCUACAAAGAGUAUUUGCAGGAUGCACAUACGGAUGGCACUUCCGUGGGGUCGAUCCACCUGGCUUUGAAGCCGACCCUGGGAAUUCUUGCAGGAAUUCGCGGAAACAAGGCCUACCGUGCUACUGCAGACAAAACUAUGCGGCGGAAGGAUGUUGCUGAGACACUCGCCAGUAGAUCGAGAGCAAGUCGGGGCACAGUGUUCUGUUUCAAUGAGUUUGCAUGCAGCAUGCCUAUUGUAGCUCAGCUCGAUGUUUGUUGUUAA